ACCAAAGACAAGACGUUUAUUCCGUGAAACAAACUUGGUUCGCUAUUGCUUUGCUUUGAUUUGUGAAUUGUGAAUUUGCUUGAAGAUUAGAAGUAUCGAAGGUGCAUUAACAUUUUGUUCAAGAUUAAUAUCAUAGGUAUUUAGUAGACCUUUUUAUUAGGAUGGAUGAUGAAACGAGCUCAGAUUUGCAGAAGUGUUUAUCCGAUGGACCGAUGGAUACGGAUGAAGGCCCCCUUAUAAACGAAAAUUCAAAUGGACUUUCACAUUUAUUGACUGAGGGCGAGUUCAGCAGUGUCGAGGCGGCAGUGGACGAGUCAUCAACAUCAAACCAAGGUUUCCUCAAUGCAGUGGAGCUGUCUGCGGGUAGCGUUGGCGACUACCUGGACAACAACACCGAAGGAUUCAACACACAUCCUUUCGAUGUGGGCGAUAACGCGGUCACAUUCCCCAGCGACUCGCUCAAUAACAUGCUCACCGACGGCGACUCACUUCUUAGCGAUACAGCGUUUAAGACUCAGUCUGAUACUGAUGGUGAUGUUACAGAAAGUCAGAAGGCGACGGUGGAGUCUGACUUUGAGGUCAGUCAAAUAUCUGAUGCUGGCAAUUCUAUGCCAGCCGAUGACAUAACUCAAACAAAAACAGAGGAGACCAGCAACACUAGUUUAGCAGAGGUGAAGCCAGAACCAGAGCCAGAACAAGCUGAGGCUGGCCAAACUGGCAACACUGAUGCCACUCCUGCUGUCAAAAGUGAACAACCUGUGGAAUCCGAUGAGCAAACUUGUGUUAAAGAUGAACCAGAGUCUCCUGUAAAAACUGAAGAUGUAGACACUAAGGUUGUAAAGACUGAAUCAGUUGUAAAGUCAGAAAGUGCUACACCUACAAAAAAAUCCAGCAAGGUGGGUGGUGCUGAAGAAACAGAAGUUGUAUCGGAAGAUGAAUUACCAGAAGUACAAAAGCCAAGUAUAAAAGAUGCAGAGAAUGUGUCCGAUGAUGAACUGCCUGGACCUAAACCAGCUGAACUCCCAGCAGAUACUGAGGUGGUGUCGGAAGAUGAGCUCCCAUCUUCAAAGAAAGAGUCGCGUAAACGUAAAACUGAAGAUGAGCGCGAUGGCUACGAUCCUGGCUCGCCGACAUCUGAAAAUGAGUCCUCCUCCAAAAAACAAGCUGUAGCCAAGAAUGGAGAAAGCAAACCGAUUCCAUCUGAGAAACGCACAUCAACUGAUGAAAAACCCAAGAAGAAACUACCUGAGCUUGACAAAUACUGGAAAGUCGUCAAUGAUGAUCCUACCGAUUUCACUGGCUGGACUUAUUUACUACAAUAUGUUGACCAAGAGAGCGACGUGGAGGCAGCUCGUGAAGCAUACGACGCGUUUCUGUCGCACUACCCGUAUUGUUACGGGUACUGGCGGAAAUAUGCUGACUACGAAAAACGUAAAGGAAGUAAAAAGAAGUGCCUCGAAGUUUUGGAAAGAGGCCUCAAAGCCAUCCCAUUGUCCGUGGAUCUGUGGAUACAUUUCCUAAACCACAUAAAGACAACACGAAAUGAAGAUCAUGCCUACAUCAGGUCGCAGUAUGAGAGAGCUAUAGAGGCAUGUGGUCUAGAAUUCCGGUCGGAUCGUCUAUGGGAGUCUUACAUCAAAUGGGAGGCUGAGAAUGGAUCGGCUCUCAAUGUUACCAAUAUAUAUGAUCGACUGUUGGCUACUCCCACACUCGGAUAUACUUCACAUUUUGACAACUUCCAGGAGCACGUGAUGUCGGAGCCGGUGGCGGGCGUGGUCUCCCGCGCCGAGCUCGUGCGUCUGCGCGCCGACGUCCGCGCCACGGCCGGGGCCGCGCCCCAGUUGGAUCUGCCGCCCGGAGAGGAUGAGCCGGUCGACCAUGUCGCAUCUGAAGAAGAAGCUCAGGCGAUCAAGGAACGUAUCAUUGCCGCACGACGUAAGGUUCACAAGACCACUGGAGAACAAGUCGCGGCUAGAUGGACCUUCGAAGAAGGCAUAAAACGGCCAUACUUCCACGUAAAGCCUUUAGAACGGUGUCAGCUAAAGAACUGGAAGUCCUACUUAGAAUGGGAGAAGCAGCACGGCUCACUGAAGCGGGCACUGGUUCUACAUGAGCGGUGUCUCAUUGCAUGUGCGCUGUAUGAAGAGUUCUGGAUGCGGUUAAUAAAGUUCCUGGAGGAGCGAGUGGAGACUAAUCCAGAGCUAGUGAGCGUGGAGCGGGAAGUGUUGGAGCGAGCGUGCACCGUCCACCACCUGGACAAGCCGGACCUGCAUCUACACUGGGCACACUUCGAGGAGGUGCACGGGAACGCCGCCAAGGCAGCUGAAAUACUCGACCGCAUCGAGAAGACCUGCCCCAACCUCGUACAAAUACAGUACCGACGAGUGAACUUAGAACGACGGCGCGGCGACUACGAGAAGUGUGCGCAGCUGUACGAGGGUUAUAUCGCGGCGGCCAAGAACAAGGCGGUGUCGUCGGCGCUGGCCAUCAAGUACGCGCGCUUCCUGUUCCACGUGCGCGCCCAGCCCGUCGAGGCGCGCGCCGCGCUGGACGCCGCCAUACUGCGCGACCCACUCAACGCCAGGCUCCAUGCGCAGAGACUCGACCUCGCCCUGCAUUGCCCCAACACACCCUACCAAGAGCUAGACGAGCUCGUGUCCUCAUACGAGAAGCAAGAAGGUGCGGAGCCGGAAGUGUGCGCCAUGUUGGCGUGGAAGCGACGCGAGUUGGCUGAGGAGCUCGGGGACGCGCAGGCCGCGCGCGACGCCACCGCGCAUGCGCGCGCACUCGCCAAACACUUGCGCAAGCGCGCGCGGAAAGAUAAACAUGACCCACCACCACCUCCUAACGCAUGUGUGGAGCCCACCAAGAAGAAAGAGAAUACAGCAGCUACUCCGAACAACGCAGCGUCACCUAGCGGCGGGGGCUCGUACUACCAGGCGCCGACGGCAGCGGCGUCGUACGAGCAGCCUUACGCGCAGCCCUACCAGCCCGCCUGGGGCUACCAGCAGCCCCCCGGCCCCUACCAGCACCACCCGCACCCCUGGCCGCAGUACCCGAACUACUAUUAGAUAUAACUUACCUUUUACAACACUAAUUGUUAUUUUUUAUGACAAGUUUACUAGUUCACUUAAAUAGUUACAUUACGGUAUGAUUCAUAUCGUACGAUAGGCUACAAAAUUACUUGGUCUUAUAAAUAGUAAUAAAUGUAAAAUUGAGAUUUACAGCUAUUGUUUAUGAAUUUAAUAAAACAUUAAACAAUGUUACAUGAUUUUUUGAAGAAAUAAAUCUAUCUUCACAUUC